UUUCCCAUGAGCACGUGGUGCGUAGAAAUAAAUGCGCGUCUCAAAGUGAUUAUUAAAAUCGUUGUUUCUCUCGUGCACAUGGUUCACCGAAAUUGCUAUUAUUUUAAUAAUGAUUCAUGAAAUUAUGGAAUUGCGUGACGAUGGACUCGAAUGUUUAUGGAGUGAUUUGAGUAAUCAUCCCGUUUGUCCACAUGGCCCAACUUUGUUAUUCGAUAAAUACAGAUCAGGAAUGGUGAAAACAUUUUAUGCUUGCUCAGCAUGUCGAGACCGAAAACUUUGUCCAUUUUACGUGGAAGUGCAAAAGAAUGGGAAAAAAUUUACAGAAGCACAAAAAAAAGCUUGGGCAGCAGAUGCAAAAAAAGCCACACCUGUGUACAACCAUAGGAGGCUUUUUCUUCGAUUGAACCAAGCAAUGGCAGAAAUUCCAGAGAAACGAGCUUACUGUCACAAUUGCAACAAAUUAGUUAUGUUUUCCGAGCGGCCUUUGCAUUCAGAGCAUGAAAUGCUUAAAGGACUAACUGACGAGGAAAUGAAAAAUCCAAGCAAAAUCCUCAAACCACUGUCCAAUGCGAAGAAAGAGGCACAGUAUCUAUUUUCAGACAAAACAACUACCGAUCUAGUGAAACUUCUAGAAAAAGCUGGUGCUAAACAAGUUUUGUGCAUCGGUGCUCCACGCAUUCACGAAUACAUCACACAGAAUUUGGAACACAAAAUGUCUAGUCUUUUACUAGACUUUGAUGCUCGAUUUCACAACUUUUUCGGCCCUUUGAACUAUUGCUGGUACAAUCUUUUCAAUCAUCAUUUCUUCACAGAAGAAGGUAGCCAAACGUUCCGAGAUUUUAUGACACAAAACAAUGGCAAAGAUACGUUCAUAGUUUGCGAUCCACCUUUCGGUGCUCGGGUUGAACCGAUCUCAGUAACGUUGAUAAAAAUGGCAGAUCGUCACAAAUAUUGGAAUAGGAUCGAAGGUACUAAGGCGAACUUGAAAAUAAUGUUUAUUUUUCCAUACUUUAUGGAAUCAAUAAUGCAUCAAAAAUCAAAUCCUCCGGGAAUUGAAGGAGGCCUCAAAAAUCUCAAGAUGUCCGACUACAAAGUCGAUUAUGAGAAUCAUCCGUUAUUUACAACUGGUUCGAAGGGACGUAAGCAUGGCUCACCAGUGCGCAUUUUCACUAAUAUCAACUUAAAAGAUUUGGAACUCCCCGUCGAGGACGGUUACAAAUUUUGUGCCAAAUGCCAAAAAUGGGUUUCUCCCGAGAACAAACAUUGCAAAAAAUGCAACAGUUGUACUUCCAAGGACGGCAGACGUUACAAACAUUGUGACAUUUGUAAAAGGUGCGUCAAACCCACUUGGGUACAUUGCAAUGAUUGCAAAAGAUGCAUUAUUGAGAAACAUCGUUGUGACGAGAAGCCAAAAAUUACAGGCCGAUGUUUCGAGUGUGGUGGACUGAAUCACACCAGCAAAGAUUGCGACAAACUCAAGGAGAAGUCAUCUACAACGGAAACGAGUGAAACGAAUCAGAAUGAAUUCGAUGAAGGUGGACAAGUUACGAAAAUACGAAAAAACGAGACCGACGAGGAUGGCAAAGCAGCAAAAAAUCAAAACGACUCCUCAUUGGAUAACGGGAUUGUUGUAAAAAAACGAAAAAGUCAGUUUGGCGAGAGUAAAAUAAGAAAAAAAGUAAGAAAAGAUGUUGUAACCGAGGAUGGUGAAUUGACAAAAAAACGACACAAUAUUGCUUCGGAAAAUGGCAAAAUGAUAAAAAAACGAAAAAUUAAGCCUGUUGAUAAUGGAAAAGUAUCAAAAAACCAAAAAACCAGGAGUGUAAAAAAAGGAGCAAAACGACGAAACAUCAAAUUCGACGAAACUCCAAAAAUAGGGAAAACCGAAACAAAGUCAGCCGAAAAAGCCGUUGGAAUGUUAGAAAAACAGAAGGAACUGAAGAAACCUGAACUCUCGAAAACUAAAGCAGCGCCAUCGAAAGUUGUAAAAUCCGAAAAAAAAUCAAACCUCAAAAAUGAAAAAAAAUUUCCCUUGAAAUCGAUGAAAGGAAAUAUCUCGCUCGAAGAGGUAAACAAAAUUUCCGAACCAAAGAGCAGCAUCAUCCCGAAAAAAACGAAAGAAAAGAAAAAUCUGAAGAAAGUGACGAGGAAGCAAACAGGAAACGGGACGUGAGCGAUGGAAAAAGAUUUUCAUCUACAUUUGGACUGUGUAAAAAAAUAUUUUUAUCACGAGAAUAAAAAUGUUGGAGAAAUGUUUGAAGUCGC